AGGGUGAGACGCACGGUGUAAUAAUGUGAGAAGGGAGAGAGAGAGCAUAACAGCAUUAACGAAGACAGGACAGAGUGUAUGCAUAAUAUGCAUUUCAUAUUGACAAAAGGUAACAGUCUAAUCCGGAUAAAGCUGUAUCUGUUAAAGAAACCGCAAAAGUCGGCUGAACAAGGGUGUUUUUCGUUGUUACUUCGUGGCCAGAGCAGAUCAUCUCUCAGCGCGCUCGCAUCAGAUUCGCCCGCCAUUCGAGAUGUUUCGACGUGCACGCGCCAUCCGCGCCAACUUUUAGUUCUCGGGCCUAUUAGAGACACGCGACAUCGACGAAUAUAACUCGACGCCCGUUGCACAAAAGGAUGUAGACCUGAUACACCCUGAGGUGAGAGGGUUGGAAGCUUUCCAGAUGACUUUGUAAAUCCCAUGGCCGAUACGGAGAAGCAGGGUGCAAUGGUGCUUCAUGAAGAGGGCGUGACUGCCCCAACACUGGCACCUCCCACGACAUCUCCACCAUCCAUCUUUGUUGUCCUUAAACAGUUGCAGUCUGGUGAUAGUGGGAAAGACAAAGGCAGCCUGAUGGCAAUUAGUGAAGCAAAUAAAAUGGUGACAUCCCCAGUCAGCUCUGUUGUAACAGGCAUGCAUCCAACAUCAUCCACUUUUGCGGACACCAACAACACCCCCCAGUCUGAGAACUUGCCAGCAGAUACUAGAUGUAAGGGCAUCACGGUUACACUGGACAACAACAGUAUGUGGAAUGAGUUCUAUAGAUGUCAGACUGAGAUGAUUCUGACCAAACAAGGUCGUAGAAUGUUCCCCUACUGCCGCUUUCGUCUUUCUGGAAUGGAACCUUUCCAGAGUUACUUGUUGGCAAUGGAUAUUGUUCCAGUUGAUAACUACAGAUACAAAUGGAGUGGAAAAGGAUGGGAAACCAAUGGGAAGCCUGAGCCUCAUGUGUCACGUUUGUUUGUACACCCAGAGUCCCCUGCUACUGGCCUACACUGGAUGCAAUACCCUGUUUCAUUUUACAGACUAAAACUCUGCAACAACCUGGACCAGGAGGACCAUAUUAUUUUGCACUCGAUGCACAGAUACCUUCCUCGACUUCAUAUCAUACCUGCAGACAAAGACUCUGAAAACAUUCAAGUUGACGCACCCAAUGUCAUAACUUUAAGUUUUUCUCAGACAGAGUUCUUUGCGGUCACAGCCUAUCAAAACCUUCGCAUCACCCAACUGAAAAUUGACUACAACCCCUUUGCCAAAGGGUUCAGGGACGAUGCGGUCAAUGCUCGAUCAUCGAAGGCCAAAAAUGGAAUGUCCACUGAGGAAGCAGAGGGUGAGCUCAAGCUAAGCAGGGAGAUGACAACCUUGAAUAAUUUAAAAACUUUGUUCAUGAAGAGAAAUGCUACUGUGAAGGUCAAUAAGGAUCAGAAUGUUCCCAGCCCUACAAAUGUAGAAAGGAAAGCUGUUAUAGGAGAUGCGCCCACUGUAGAUGCAAAUGUUCAAAGUUCAUGCAGCAAGAAGCGGCCAUCGUCAUUGGCAUUCUCAGACUUCAUUAAAGGUGCUCAUGUGAAAGUAAAAAGGUUAUCACUCGAGAAUAUCAAGAAAAAUGGUGUGGUCUUGCAAACGUCCACAACUUGCACGAGUGAACGAAAGGAGGUGAUGGACAUACCAUCCAAAACAGAAAAUAUACAAGUUGUUAGUACAGAUGAAACUGUGGUAGGUGACAUUCCCAAAUGUAAAAGCACAGACACCUCCUCAAAAACAGAGUUGAAAAUAGAUAAAAAUAAAACAGAAACAGAUGAACACAAAGCUGACAAGGUUACAUUGCCAUCCAGUGAUCAAAAUGAUGAAAAGGGAAUGGAGACCCUUUCUUCCCUGGACACUGAGGCCAAGUCUGAAGCAAACACAAAGAAAGCUUUACCACACAAGCGGCCAGAACGUGUACCCCUACCACUCCUUGCUCAGUUUCUUAAACAGAGAAAGUCUAAGACAAGACCAGCUACGCCAAAAUCUGAUGUUCCCAGCUUAUCCGUAGACUCUGAAAAGUCUUGUAAACCUGUCUUAACCCCUGAAAGCUCAUCUGCCUUGAUGUCUUCCAUCCCUUGUGCUACCACUAACUCAGAUUCACAACCAGUACUUACCUCAUUAUCUGAAAUAGUUAAAACAUCAACAACAGAUGCAAGCAACACAACUUCUCAGUCCACUGCGUUAUCAUCUCCAUCUGCAACUGCAUCCCCCAUACCAGCAGAACCACAAUUAUCUGUUAGACUGUCACCUUCCCCAGUUUGCAGUGAUCCAUUAAAUGCCCCAAACACUACCUCUCCCGCCAAACCUGAUUCUGACCCAACACUUCACAAUAUCUCUAGUGUGUUUCAUAAUGCUGAUGAUGUUUCUAUGCCAGAUCUUGACAACACACUGAGGUCUCAGUCUGACAUUUCAUCACUCCCUACAUGUGACACUGUGGAUGACUCUCAUUCACCUACUACACCUGAAGUUAACACUGACUCUGCUGACACACCAGUCGUCCCCUCUGUCACUACAUCUGUUUUUGACGUUCCAUCUAGUACAGACAGUAGCGUUAUUCCUUACCAGCAACUUACCUCAAUACCUGAAGUUGCUGAGAAUGAAUCCAUUUCUAAUAGCCUCCUAGACAGUUCCAAGGACUCUUGUCCUGAGCUUUUGUCUGAAAAAGUUCCUCAACACAUGAUCACACAAGAAGAGGAAUCUCUUUCCUUGCCAUUAGAUGACCCACCAUCCCCAGCCUUCUCCUUACCCAGCCCAGCUCCUUCUUCUCCUGAUCCAUUUCCACCAAGUUUAUUCUGUGAAAGACCAGUACCUCCUAGAAAGACCCUUGAUUCUUUUCCAGAAAGACUAUUGGAUUGCACAGUUUCUUCCUGUCCUGACCUUUUCCAACUAGGUCUAUUCAACGACAGGCCUGUGCCUCCCAGAAAGAGCCUUGAUUUUGUUCCAGAAAGACCUCUGGUUGGAACUGUGACAUCAAAAGAAUCAAGUGUCCCCAGUGAGCCAGAACAUCCCAUGGAAACAACUGACUUGACCUCUCAAAGUCAGUGCUCUGAUAGACCAAGUCCUCUUAAUGACUUGCAGUCUGCUGUUAGUUGUGAGACCACUGUUUCUGAUCACAUUGUUCCUCAACCAACCAAACAGUCCUCUCAUGGAAGCACUUUGAAGAAAUCCAAGGCAAAACAGAAGAAAACAGGAAAAUUGAGGUUCAGCGAAGAUGAGGCGUUUGAAGGACCCAUACCUGUUCCAAUGCAGCCCAGCCUGGAGGAUGUUGAAGGCCAAUUGUUUGUCUCCUUCACGUCAAAGAAAGCUCUUGAGAUUCACCUUGGAGAUGAUGCCAAAACAGAGACUGCACAAAAAACCACAGAGGAUCCUGACGGGGUCAUCUAUGAAAAUAUAGAGGAAAAGAUAGAGGAGCUAGAGAAAAUCCUCUUACGUGAUCUCAAAGUCAUGAGGCACAGACAGGUCAUUCACCCAGUGCUACAAGAAGUUGGAUUGAAGUUAAAUCUGCUUGAUCUCACCCUGGAAAUUGACCUGCAAUAUCUGGGUGUGCAAUUACCAAUACCCCCACCUGCACUCUCACCUGAAGGAAGUUCAGCGUCAUCUCAAGUCCGGUUUGUUUCGAGGACAGGAAAAACCACAGAUGUCACCAAAAUUAAAGGAUGGAGAGAUAAGUUUUCUGGCUCAGGAUCCCUUACUGAAGGCGUUUCAAGCACAGAUGGAGGACAAAAGAACCUCUCUGCAUUUUGUAGUGACAUGCUGGAUGAGUACCUGGCCAGUGAAGGCAAACUGAUUGAUGAACGAGCUGCUACCUUAUCCCAGACUGAUGUUACGCCUGUUGCAUACCAGCUACCCACAAAGAGCACUAGCUACGUUCGUACCCUGGAUAGUGUACUUAAAAAACAAGUACCACCUACCUUAUCCACAACAUCCAAUAAAGUCAAGCCAACAUUCAAGUCUAAAGAGGAAAAUAAAUCUAAAAAACAUUUGAAGUCAGGUACAGGAAAGCAAACAAAACUAGUGCUUGAUGUUAACAAACCAACUUUGUUUUUGAAAAAGCCACAGCAAAACAAGAAAUGUAAAAAUAAGAAAGAAUCAAAAAGUUUGAGUCCUGAAAAGCCUGCUCUAGAAACUGCUACAGAGUUAUCUUCUAAUAAGACACUUCCCAUGGUUGAGGUUUCUGGCUCCACACCAUUAAGUUGCACAGCUGGACGUACUACAGGUUUGCCUAAGACUCUGGUGAAGCUGAUGGAUGUGGAAGAUGGAGCAGUGUGGGAAGGCAAACAUCGUACCUAUAUCACAGAAGAAAGGGCAGCCAUUGCACUAGCCACUCUUGUCACCGCUGAGGGGGUAUCAAAAGGAAACCCUGAUGCUACCAGAAUUAUAAGACGACGUGCUCCACCAUGCCUCAAUGUAUUCUGUAGGCUUGGCUGUGUGUGUGCCAGUCUGGUUCACUUGAGGCGGCAUCAUCACUGUGGAAAACCACAAUGCAUGUUGGGCUGUAGCUGCCUGCGACGCAAAGUUGUUGCACUAAAGACCCCCAAACAGGAGGAAAGUGUGACAGAUGAGUCUGAACCUCAGGGAGUGUCAGAGGAGAAUAAGGCUAAAUGGAAGAAGAAAAACAAAAAGAGAAAGACGUAUGUUCUCACAAAUCCGGAGAUAGCACCUGAACCGGCUAAGCGUGUGAGUACAUUAUGGGAUAGAAAAAGAGACCGUUCGGAUUCAGAAGUUCUCUUUUGUCCUCCUCCUUCAAGAGCUCCUUCUCCAGCACUCUUGUCUCGAGAGCUUCAGCAUGACCUGGAGAGCUUUUUCAGUCCUUCAAAACAAAGAAGGGUGGAAGAGAGAAAUUUGAAUAUGACUGAGGACAAUAUGGAGAGCGAGGUUUCAUGUGCUCGUUCGCGACCGUUUUCCUCUCUGUGCCAUGAAAAACAAAAAAUGGUUGACCAACACCAUAUCUCACAGGUCUCAACACAAGAUAUCGAGGAGGGUGAGCUUGUACCUCUUAAUUUGUCUGGCCCUGCCAAGCGACUUGAGAUCAUAUCCGAAUGCAGCUGGGCUAGUACGGAUGCCAGAAAUUAUGUUAUGCGGAUAGUGUGUGAGCACAUGGCUCAGGAUCGUCUGAAGCAUCCUUUCUGGAUUGGCAAGUACUUCAUUCAGCCAGUCUCCAAGACUCAACAAGAGAAGGAGGAUGGUUCUGUCGAUACAUACAAAGUAAUCAUCUCUAAACCUGAGAAGAAGAAGAAAAAUGAGAAGGUUGCUCAAAACGAAGUUGAGCUGAAAAAGGAUGUAGAGAAGAGUGAGGUGAAAGGUCUGCCCUUCCUCUCCAGGUGUUGCCCUGCAGGCUUGCUCAAGGCUGAGAAAAAACCACCUGAUGCUCCAGGACGGAUAAUGGUUAAUGGAAAGACAUAUCCCCAAGCCAAAUUAGAGCUGGGAAAGAUGGGAGCUUUGCACCCUGCCAACAGAUUGGCAGCUUAUAUUACAGGGAGAAUAUGUCCAGUCACUCAGUCUGGAUCUCAUGUGGUAACAACAUCAACCGUUACCAAGGCCUCUGUGACGUCAGUUCCGGUUUCGACUGUGUCCACAGUAACUACAGUUACCAGCACGCCUACUUCUACAACUACACAGCCCAUCAAGUCUGUGGUGACCAAGCCCCCAGUGGGAAAGGUCUUCACCCAGUUUGUGGUCAACCACAUCAACUCUCAAAAUCAGACCAACACUAGCACCUCACAAAUACAGCCUUCCGUUCCAAAAAUUGUCAUCCCCAUGAUGAUUGACAGAGAGGCUGGGGCUCCUGGGGUGGCUCUUUCUCCUCAUAAAGCAGGCUUGGUUACUCAGGUGUCUAAGUCCUCAGACUCCACAGGUAGUGCCAGUUUACCCACUGUAUCAAAAGUCCAAGCCCCUGCCAUCACCGUCCUCACUAAAUCACCCAGCCUGCCUCUGGGUGGGUCUGGUCUUACCCCAACAACAACAACUACUGUCGCUUCACCUGGAUUGACCACUCCUGGAAAAAAGACUGUUUAUAUCACAGUUAUGUCUCGUAGUACAGGCCUCACCAGUAGUGGCCCAAAGUUUACAAAGCCUGUCACACAGACUCGUCCCCCACAGACCCCAGGCCAAAAGGUGUUGCUUCAAGUGGUGAAGACAGCUGAUGGCAACACAUUGUACCGUAAUCCUAAUGGCCAGCUCUUGCAGUUGGUGCCUCUGAGUCAAAUCAAAGCAAUCAAACCCAACCUCCUAACUCAAGGCCAACCAACCUUAAUACGUUUGCCCGCACCUACUGCAGUCAAUCAAAAAAAGCCUCAAGCCAUAGUCACAUCUUCAGGCCCAACACCACAAACGCAGACAAAGCCUGUUGUCACUAUACCAGUUUCUACAGCUUCAUCUUUGAGUGCCAAGCCAAUCACACUUACCACAUCCAAGACAGUCUCACUGAACAGCCUUCCUUCUACUCUUAAAGUUGUCCCAGGUUUUCUGGGACAGUCUGGCACUUGUACGUUGAGAAUUCUCCCAACAAAUCCUGUUCAGAAGACUGGAAUUAUCACUCCAACUUCCUCACCUGUCCUUCCUCAGAGUGGCAUUACAUUGCUUAAGCAUGGAAGUUCAACGCUACUGAAUCAAAACUCUGCUAAGCCUGAGGCUGCCGUUUCUGUUAGCACAGUUUCAACAGAGGGGGCAGUUGAUCAAGUCCAAUCUAAGAUGGAUUCCUCUAAACAAAAAAGCUGUGACAGUUCUGAACAAGUAGCAGAAAAUGUAUCAGAGCUUUCAUCUUCUGCUGCCUCAUUUCCAAAACCCAGCCAGGUUUCUGGAGGUGGUUCAAGUUUGGCUGAAGCCGGUGACAGAGCUAAUUCCAAAGAGAAGGAAACCGAUUUUGACAUAGCUCCAAUUUCUGACGAGGAAGAGAUUGGUUCAGACGUAACAGAAUUAACUGAUGACUCUGACCUGUAUAGUGAUGACCAAGAAGAUGCAAAUAGUUUGAGUGGUUCUGAUAAACAGGAGAGGACAUUGGAUACAGAUGGUGUGGGCUCUGAGAUGAAAGAUUUCGCAGAGGUGGUGGUUGAUAUUGAGACCAUUGAAGAGUCUGCAGAGGAAGACAGUAUUGCCAAAUUUCGGGCAUCUGCAUUGAGGCGGAAUCAUCAUUGUAAACGAAAGCACAUUGAAGAUGCAAGGUUGGAGGUGAAGGUCAGGAGAGUGAGGCUGGAAAGAAAGAGGCGCCACACACUUAGAGAGGGCUUUCUUAAACUUCAGGCAACACUCGGAGGGCCUUCAAAGAAGCUUAAAAUCUCCAAGAUGAGAAUCCUUACAAUGGCUCUAAAAGAGAUCGAGUCCCUGGUUAAGAAGGAGGACCACUUAGUAGAAAGAAGAGAGAAGCUGCGAUUUAAGAGACAGCGUUACCUACAGACACUUUCACUAUUGUGUGACAAGAGUACGGAGUCCAUUAGCCAGAAGCUUAAUGAAAUUAUUGCUAAACAAAAAGCCCUGGAAUCCCAGUCUAAAGCAAAAGAGAUGAAGUCCCAGCUGAACCAGGCAACGCCCAAACCUAAACCUAAACCCAAAACUAAACUAGCUGAUCUUGAAAGUAAACAGAAAGGUUUAGCAUACCAGGACAAAUUGAAAGAUGUUUCCAACCUCACCUGUUCUCCCUCCAAACCGAUGGACUUGAGUAUUAGAAAACAAAAAAGCCUGGAACAGACUGAAAGUGUUUCCGAAUGCGCAAACCUUGAUAGCAGCAAAAACACUCUUAAAACUCAGGAUACAGAGAAAGGUAGCACACCCAAACCUUCUCAGCCAUCUUUAGCAAACUCCAGUCCACAAAAGAAACCUGUCUCUGUCCCAAGUCCUAUAAAACAUUCCCCAAUACCACGUGAAAGAACGCGGCCAAACAUUCUCUCUCGUGCAUCAUCCCAAGUGAUACAAGGAUCUCCAGUCAAUGAGCCUCUUUUAACUAAUGUGUGUAUACCUCAAGUAUUCCCUCUGAUGAAUACCAUGGUUCCAUGCAAUCAAAUCAUUACCAUAAACAACCCACUUCAGCCGAUUGGCAUCACCUCAGUAGGGACACAGCAAUCAUCCACACCAGGUGUAGCAUCUGUGUCCAUAGUUCCUGCAGUUUCUCACUCGGUUGGAGUGGAAAAUCCCCUUCCAUUAUUGCAGCCUCAGUUUAUAAAGAUUACAAACAAUCCUGUUAAUACAAACAAACAAGUGGAUUCUGCCAAACUUCCAAAUAUCACCAAUGUUAUUUCUCUGGUUCCACCGGCUGAGAAUCUGGUAAUACCACAGAAAGUUGUGGAAAAUGCAUCUGUUGUCCAGGCACAGCCAACAUCUGUCUCUGCACCUGUGGAGAAACAGCAGAAUCCCUCCGAUGUUAAAAUUCUUGAUUCAGAGGAAAGGGCGGUUGUGGAUGAUACCGAAUCCAAGGAUGCCCCCAAAAAAACCGUUGGAGAAGACAAGAACAGUGCAUCUGUUACUUCAUCCAACCAGGACAGACCAGACAAGAAAAGUCCGGAUGACAGCAGCGACCCUGAGGAUGAAAAUCUGUUGUCUUUGCUAGAUGAACUCGUUCUCCUUAGCCAGCAGCUGAGUAAUGAAGACGAAGAUCAGAGAAUUGUCGUGCCAGGCGAGGUACAGUCAUGUUCGGACAAGCAGGCAGAUCCAGAACGAGAUGAUGAUCGUGCUCUCAGUCCCUUGUUUCUAACUCUGGAUGAAGAUCUGAUGUCUCCAGACUCUAAAGAUGAAAUCGAUAUCCCACCCAAAGUGGAUGACUUGGUCAAAGUCAUUUUUGGAUCAGAUUCGCCGUCGGUUUCAUCCGAAUCUGGGGUUGCACCGUCAACAAAUGUUCAAAGUCCCGCAGCGUGCGGCGGUAAAGGUGAUGCCCCUACUCCGCCACCUCUGUUGCACAUGAAAGCUGCAUGUGAAGCUGCAUCGGGCCAGUCUGCCAAUGAAGGAUCCAGUGUGACAUGGCGGCCGAUGCCUAAACUGGUUCCUCUUGGGUUAAAGGCUCAAGAUGCUGUUGUGAAUAAAGUGACGGACUCCCCAGUUCUCAAAUCGGACUCAAAUGAGGAAGAUGUUCAUUGAUCACAAAUGUGAUCGACCAAUCAAUGAAUCAGGUAUAGCUGCUGCUCACGUAUAACAUGUUUAUGUUCAGAUAGGAGUUUUUUUUUUUUCCUGAUGUAUUUAUUGUUUGUUUGCUGAAUAAGUCCUGCUGCCGUGGGCACCACCUAUUGUGCCUCUGGUAAAUCCAAAGAUGUGUUGUUGUUUUUUUGGGUUUUUUUUAAACAACUCAAUACUUUAGACUUAAAACUACUAGACUACCAAGAUGUCUGACUGGUUUUGCUAGCCAUUGUCUAUCCACUCUUUGUGGCAGUAGUUGUGAACGAAGCUGUUUACUCAUCCUAACCUCCAUAUUGGAGCAUGUUGGUUUUUUUCCCAUUGGAGUUCAUUAAGAAAAUAAAGUUUACUUGAUCGUUAAACAUAGGAUUCUUUCUCCCUUAGCACAAAGAAGGUAAAGCUGAUCAUAAUAUUUUGCGAUGGCGAUUUUGUGGAAUCAUUAGGGCGGUUUUCCGGGCGACCUUUUUAGGAAUGAUUAAAUUUGCCCAGUGACUUUUAACAGUAAAGCCAGUUCACCCUUGAGUUUAUCUGCUAAUGAGUUUAGGCAAAUGUCAUUGUCUUGCAUCAACACCGCAUUACAUCAAUGCAUGUUAAGGCAAUAAUAGAUGUUAAAUUCAGUACAAACAAUCUGUGUUCUUGUUACAGAUAAGCUAGCUUAUAUACACAAAACUUUAUAUCUUACGUUGAGUGCCUUUCAAAAGGUUCUUCUGUAUGCAUAUUGGAACGCAGGUUUGUUGUAAUAGGGAAUAGUAAACCUAUCACAAUAGCAUUAGGAGCUUAGGAAUUAAAACAGGAUGUAGUGAGGUUUAUUCUAAUGUGUUAGUACUGCGGUUUUAAUUCUUUUGUGUCUUUUUGUUUGUUUCGAAAGUAAUCAGUGAAGUUUGAGUGCAGUCAGGUGAACAUUUUAGUUAAGAGACCUCAUAUUGUCAUAUUCCCCACCUCAACAGCAACAUAAAUUACAAUGUCUGAAGCAUUUCAAAUAGUUGUAAUGUAAUUUUUACACUUCCAGUGAGGUGGUUAACUUUGAAAUCCCUCAGUUUAAGCUUACAAAUGUAGUAAUCACUAUGCAAUUGUUUUGCUUUACAUUUAGACAAAACAGGUACAGAAAACUACAUAGGAACAUAAAAAGCUACAUGAAACAAAAUGCAGUCACUGUUUAUGUUCAUGUAUAUAUUUAGUGCUACACUGGUUUAUUUUGUAAAUAUGUUAGCUUGUUAAAAGUGUAUAUUGGCUGAUAUAACCUUUCUUGGAUAUUGUAAAUAUGUAAAAUCUAUUCCUUUUGUUA